GGAGAAACCAUCAUUCGGAUAGCACGAGCGCACCCGCCGGCCGGCGAAACCCCGCCGCAUACUCGCGCCCGUUCUCGCCGCGCACAAUGCUUCGUCUCCCCACCCUCACCGCCCUUAAACCCUCAACCCCCAGCGCCAGCUGGAACCCUGUCGGCUGCAGCCAUGGCCGCCGCCGCAAGCUCAUCUUCGCCUCAUCCGCUCCUCCGCCGUCUUCUUCGUCUUCACGGCCUCCGAAGCCGACCUCGAAUCCCGAACCACCAAAGCCCACACAUGAGGCCCGCAGCCGGAACCCGGAUGACUCCACCGAGGCGGGGUUCCCCAGGACUAAACCCCGGAAGCCGCGCCGUGGCCGCCGCAGCGAAGCGGUGGCCGUGGAGGACUUCGUCCGCGGCCGCCUCGAGCAGGUCUUCGCCUCCAUCCGGGAGCGCAACCCCGACGUCCUCGAGGGCAAAGGCGACAUCCUGAAGCCAAAGGCCGAGGAGGAGCAAGUACCAGACGAGGAGGAGGGAGAGGGAGAGGGAGAACAGAAGCCUGUGGUGGAAGAAGAGGACCCGAGCUGGCCGCUGGAUGCUGAUGUCGGGUGGGGGAUCCGGGCGUCAGAGUACUUCGACAAGCACUCGAUCAGAAAUGUCACGGUGGACGGGGUGGAGAUCGAUUGGGAAGGGGAGGUCGACGAGGGGUGGGUCAAGGAAAUCAAUUGCUUGGAGUGGGAGAGCUUCGCAUUCCACCCCAGCCCCUUAGUCGUCCUAGUCUUCGAGCGCUACAACAGGGCUGCUGACAAUUGGAAGUUUCUUCAAGAAUUGGAAAAGGCUGCUAAGGUAUACUGGAAUGCUAAAGAUCGCUUACCUCCUCGGACAGUCAAAGUUGAUAUAAAUAUUGAGAGAGAUUUGGCAUAUGCACUUCAAGUAAGAGAAUGUCCACAAUUAUUGUUCCUUAGGGGAAACAAGAUCUUAUACAGAGAAAAAGGAUCCCGGUAUUUUAUCUUGGAGAUACAACACCACUCUUCUGCCCUGUGGCAGGCUGCCAGACAAGCUUGAUACCUAGGAGAUGUAACACAACACCACCAUGGAUACACAACGACCAGCUAUUGCGUACACCUUAAGAGGAGCAGUGAUCAAUUCAAUCUGUGCAAGGUCACACUGAUGCACAAAACAGUCAGUGAUCGAAAUGAUGACAAGUUUAGAACCAACACACAGGACCAAUCCAACCCAAUUGAAAUCCACCAAACACCAGUCCUUGACAUUGAACAGAUGCAGGCCAAUGGCUCUGCAUGGGCUGCAACACCAGUGCUUGGAAGGAUGCUGUUGGGCUUCUGGCCCAUCCUGCUGGAGCAGCACUCAUCUGGAAUUCUGGAUGAAGGUUACUUGGCAGACACCUUGAGAUACAGAGAAGAGUUGAGGAACUCAGAUGGGGAUGGUUUUCGUAUGUUCUUGAUCAGGCAGAGGAGCUUUUCACAUAGCGGGCGUGACAGGCAUGGAUGGAGUCCUUUCCUCUCUAACUCCCUCCACGUCAUCUCCAGCGCUAUUCUCUGGGUCCGUUUGGUAGGGAUCCAGUUUCUUGAAAAACAGUUUUUUUUUUGUUACAAAUUAUCCACGAAAUGUUUCUUUGGUAGGGUUUUUGUUUCUUGGAUAAUCGUUUGGCUAACUGGUUCUUGGAGUAAUUUAUCCUGUACUUGCAAUGUAAAAAGGAGAAACAUUUCAGCCUAUUUCUGUUUUGAAACGCCUAGAUUUGGAUCCUUUGGCAGGGUUUUUUGUGGUUUCUACCAGCCAAACAGGCCCUUCCUCACCAGUGUCAAGAUGACAAGGAGACCCCUCCUGUAUUUCUCUAUUUUGUUCUCAAUUUGUUUUCCAUGAAAAGUCCUCAAAAACAGGAAACUUUAAUAAAUUUCACAAGGAAAAUUUGAAUAAA